UUGCCAGUCACAGGUGGCGAUAAAACGAAUUUGUCAGUUGUCAAUGAGUUUUCGUACGUUUCGGACCGUGAAAUAUUAGAAGUAUCAUCUUUAAUAAUAUAUGAAUGAAAUAUGAAAUUUCUCAUUUAUAUACGAUAAAUUUUUUUGUAACUAUUUUUGUGAAUGAUGUUUAAGUUUAUCUGUCAUGUGUAAUGUAAAUGAAACUGCAAUGUACGACUAUUGUCAUGUAAAAUAAAUGCACAAACAAACGUGCCAAAAUUUACUAAAUUUUGUUAUUUAUAAUUCGAAAUACACAGAAAGUUCUACGAAACUUGCAAAUUAUGGAGACUGCUCAAACGUUGUACCUUAACCUCUUUGGUGAGGACAAAAUUCACGUUUUGAAGGAAUUGUUGCACGCUUGCGUGGAUGAAAUAUGUGGCAGACCAGGUCCAACCUAUCAUAAGUUCGUAAAUAGCAUGGAUUGGAGUAAAGAAGAAUACGAAGAAACAUAUAAAUUAAUAUCUAUGCUCCUGAGAAAUCCAGCUUCGUUAUAUUUAACAGAAGAAAAGAUGCCACAAGAGUACCACGAAUUACCUGAGCAAAUUCAACAAAAUAUAUUAUCAUGUUUGAAAGUGAGAAGACAACAAUUAACAGAUGCGUUGUUGAUGGAAUACUCUAAAGAAAAGCACGACACAGUAAUUGACUUUGACUGGAGAUUAAAGCUUGUAAUGGGGUCUAGCAAAUUAGCUUCUUUGAGAGAGCCCCUUCUUCAGUUAGACCUCAUUCUUGAAAGUAAGGACUCAAAGCGUAUUCUAGAUUUGGAAUUAAGCAAAGAUGAAUUGGACACGUUUAUAAAUACCAUGGAAAAUAUAGUGCAAUAACUCAGAUGUAAACAAAUUAAUCAAUAAUAAAAGGAUUUGUUAUACUCAAUGUAUAAUCGCAGUAAAUUUCCAAGAUCAAAUAAGUA